AUGGCCUCAUUACUCACUACAAUGUACGAGUUUCUCAAAUCUUCUCCCUCAUACCCUCCGCAGCCCCUCAACCCGCACUUGACAUUCAAACAAUCCUCCUCUUGUAUCACGGUCAACACCUUCACUUGCUAUGACAGCGAGCCCAACUCAGUGUGCUCGUCGCCCUCGACCCCUUCCCGCGCAGCAAAACUCCUGCGUCAAGGGUUGACAUCCUCUCCGGCAUCGCAUAUUGACUCUCCAUCUAGCAACGCCCGCACCCGGGGACAGUUCAAGCCGCAGCGGACCAACAAAGGCACGACGAGCUACCAAUUACGACAGUUUGCCGAGGCGACUUUAGGAAGCGGGAGUCUGCGGAAGGCGGUCAAACUACCAGAGGGCGAAGAUCUGAACGAAUGGCUUGCGGUCAAUGUGGUCGACUUCUACAAUCAGAUCAACCUGCUCUACGGGUCGAUUACAGAGUUCUGCUCGCCGCAGUCCUGUCCCGAGAUGAAAGCUACAGAUGAAUUCGAAUACCUCUGGCAAGACGCCGCAACAGGCUACCCCAAACCCACAAAGAUGGCCGCCCCAGAAUACAUCGAACACCUGAUGACGUGGGUACAAUCCAACGUCGACAACGAAUCGACCUUCCCAUCUCGUAUUGGUGUCCCUUUCCCGAAGCAUUUCCCGAGCACCGUACGACAACUGUUCAAACGUCUUUACCGGGUCUAUGCACACAUUUACUGUCACCACUAUCAGGUCAUUGUACACUUGGGUCUCGAACCGCACUUGAACACCAGUUUCAAGCAUUACGUUCUGUUCAUCGAUGAGCACGGGCUCGAGAAGGGCGGCGGCAAAGACUACUGGGGCCCUCUGGGUGAUCUAGUCGAAAGCAUGUUGAAGAGUGAUUAG